AUGAAGUUUUACAGAUCGCUGAUCGCAGUAGUGGCGCUCGCGGCCAUGGUUUGCAUGGCGGCAGCCGGCGGUGGAUAUGGGGGUGGAAUCGGAAGCGGCGGUGUUGCGUUUGGUGGACGAGGUGGAUUUUCAGGCAGUGGAUUUGGUGGAAGCAGUGGAUUCAGCGGCGGUGGAUUUAGUGGAGGAAGCGGCGGGUAUGGUGGCGGACGAGGUGGAGGCAGCGUCGUCCGCGCGCGCUUGGUGGGAGUGGGCGUUCUUCCUAGCGUCAGCGGCGGCUCGGGCUUCGGCGGCGGUUUCGGCCAAGGCGGAGGAGGAUCCUCCGGCGGAGGACGAGGAAGUGGCGGAGGAAGCUACGGAUGGUAA